CAACACAGAGAAACUCAAAAGAGUGAAUUAAGGAAGAAGAAAAAAGGCGAAAACCUUCUUUCCCUGUUUCUCUCAAGAGUCUCCAAAACCCUAGGCAUCUUCUUCCCGCUUCAUCUCUCUCUCUCUCUCUGCGGUUGAAUCCAUAGCAAUGGCCGACGAGCCGGCGUCACCAUCGCCGUCGCAAUCGGCGGCGCCGCUGGGAUCCUCGGUCAUCCCCAUCGUCAACAAGCUACAGGACAUCUUCGCUCAGCUUGGAAGCCAGUCCACGAUUGACUUGCCGCAGGUGGCGGUGGUCGGCAGCCAGAGCAGCGGCAAAUCCAGCGUUCUCGAGGCUCUGGUCGGGAGGGAUUUCCUGCCGCGCGGGAGCGAUAUCUGCACGCGCCGGCCGCUGGUGUUGCAGUUGGUGCAGACGAAGAGGAAGGGCGACGGGAUUGAAGAGGAGUGGGGGGAGUUCCUCCACCGUCCGGAUAUGCGCUUCUAUGAUUUCUCGGAGAUCCGCAGAGAAAUUGAGGCUGUAACAGCUAAGGAAGCAGGAGACAACAAAGGUGUCUCAGACAAGCAGAUCCGUUUGAAGAUUUUCUCCCCAAAUGUUCUUGACAUGACACUUGUCGAUCUUCCCGGGAUAACAAAAGUGCCUGUUGGUGAUCAACCCACGGAUAUUGAAUCAAGAAUUAGAACAAUGAUCAUGUCAUACAUUAAAAAACCUAGCUGCCUUAUUCUGGCUGUCACUGCUGCCAAUGCGGACUUGGCGAACUCAGAUGCACUUCAGAUUGCAGGAAUUGCUGAUCCUGAUGGUUACAGGACAAUUGGCAUUAUCACAAAGCUGGAUAUCAUGGAUAGAGGCACUGAUGCCCGUAACUUGUUACUUGGAAAAGUGAUUCCCCUUCGACUUGGUUAUGUUGGUGUUGUGAAUCGUAGUCAAGAGGAUAUCAAUCUCAAUCGAACUAUUAAGGAUGCACUUGCAGCAGAGGAGAGGUUCUUUCGCUCUCAUCCAGUAUACAAUUCCUUGGCUGAUCGAUGCGGUAUUCCUCAGCUUGCCAAGAAGUUGAAUCAUAUUUUAGUGCAGCAUAUCAAAGGGAUUCUCCCAGUGCUGAAAUCACGGAUAAGUGAUGCACUUGUUUCUGUUGCAAAGGAGCAUGCCAGCUACGGAGAAAUCACUGAGUCUAAGGGGGUUGAUCCUUGUGAAGAUCUGACAGAUGAUGACAUCCGAACUGCGAUUCGAAAUGCUUGUGGUUCUAAUGCUGCAUUGUUUGUACCAGUUAUUCCUUUUGAAGUUCUUGUUCGGAGGCAAAUUGCCCGGUUAUUGUAUCCAAGCCUGCAGUGUGCAAGAUUCAUAUAUGAUGAGCUACUAAAGAUUAGCCAUCGCUGUCUAGCCAAUGAGCUGCAGCGGUUUCCUAUUCUUAAAAAACGCAUGGAUGAAGUCAUUGGAAACUUUUUGAGGGAUGGGCUUGAACCAUCGGAGACGAUGAUUGGGCAUCUUAUUGAAAUGGAGAUGGACUACAUAAAUACUUCCCACCCAAAUUUUAUUGGAGGGACCAAUGCUGUGGAAGUUGCGGAGCAACAAGUAAAGACAUCAAAAGUCAAUCCUGCAAUCUCCAGGCCAAAGGGAGUACGCCGAGUGGCAGAUGUUGAGAAGGUUGCACCAUCCGGAAAUCAUAGCGGCUCUUCAUGGGGCAUUUCGUCAAUUUUCAAGGGAAGUAAUAGUUCCCGUAUGUCAUCUGAGAACUCAGCAAGUAUGGGAUAUAUGGAGGCAGUUCAUGGAAGUGACCCUUUGGACAAGAGCCUGUCUGUGAUCCAUUUGCAAGAGCCACCAGAAAUGUUGAGACCUUCAGAUACCCCCUCGGAGCAGGAGGCUGUUGAAAUCAAAGUCAUUAAAUUGCUAUUGACGUCGUACUACAAUAUUGUUCGGAAGAACAUUGAGGAUUUAGUGCCAAAAACUAUCAUGCACUUUCUGGUACAGCAUGCCAAACGAGAGCUGCACAAUGUGUUGAUUAAGAAGCUUUACAGGGAGAACUUGUUUGAGGAGAUGUUGCAAGAGCCCGACGAGAUUUCAGUGAAGAGAAAGCGGACAAGAGAUACCCUCAAAGUCCUUCAACAAGCAUUUCGAACACUGGAAGAACUGCCGCUGGAAGCUGAAUCCGUGGAAAGAGGGCACAGCUCUGGUUCUGAUACAACGGGGUUGCCGAAAAUGCAAGGAUUCCCUCUAUCCUCUUCAAUGUAUGCAGGAGGCGGCAACAGCUUAAACGGAUUCUACGCAGGUUCUCCACAGACGUCUAGGAAGUCGUCGUCGUCUUCUCACUCGGGCGAGCUGCAGUCGCCAAUGCAUCACUACCCCAUGGUGGAUUCUAAUGGAAGCGGGAGGGGCGCUUACAACAUGCCCAGUCUCUACCCUUUUGCUGAUUAGACAAUUUACCUUAGUUGGUUCUGAACUCUUCUAUUCGUGGCGUAUUUCGAACCCCUAAUAUGCGUAACAGGAAGUCGAAAAUGUCCGUUUUGACCGUUGCAUCGUGUUAAUAUACACGUUUUCCCCAUGUAUUUUUCAUCUAUGAUUGAUACCUAGAUCAGGUUGUUUUUGGGUUGCAAAUUCAAUUGGUUAUAUUUUUUCUUUAGUUGUAAUGAUGGUUCCUGGCUGUAAAUGAUGGUUCCUUGGUUGGCAUAUUGAUGGAGAAGG